AUGGAAAAACUAGUUGCAAAAACAAAUGUCGCAGAAGUUGUUUUUUCAGAUCUGAAAAAGCACAAGUGUCCACAUAUUAACUGUAGUGAGACUACACGGAGCAAAACCAAAUGUUUAGAACAUCUCCGAAAACACCAUGAAUCAUCUUCUUAUCAUUACAAGCAGCCCGGCAGUGAAAAAGAAUUCCGCAAUCAUACAUCAUCAUUUUCUGCCCAGAAGGAAGCGGAUCAACAUAAAUUCAUAUGUAAUAAGUGUGGAUUUUCCUCCAGCCACAAGAGUUCACUAUGCAGACACAAGAAACAAAGGUGCAGAGCUUCUCAUGGGCAAAAAUAUGAAUGUCGUUAUUGUAACGCUACUAUGCUGAUAUAUAAGGAAUAUUUAGAACAUCUUAAAGGGCACCAGAAAUAUCACUGCACUUAUCCCAAAUGUGGAAAGGAAUUCCACUCCCUAACGGGAUUUCGACAGCAUUACGAAAUGCAUCAACCUAGACUUCUCUGUGAAAAUUGCGGCAAAUUCAUUUCUUUUGUGUCUGGACUGCGAAAUCACAAGAGAAAAUACCACGGAGCUAGAGUCCCAACGGAAGGAGAUCCACAAGUCGGAGCAUACUUUGGUAGACAUAUGAAACCAUCACCGUCAAGGUUCACUAGGUGA